AUGAAAUUACAAAACCCAGAUAAGAAAACCCUAAGAGAAUCUAAUCCAGUGGCUUCAAUGGAAGAAGAAGAUGACGAUAAAGCGAGGAAGAUUGAAGUCUCUGGGGGAAAUAUAUCACUUGUUGUUGAUUUUAGCGGCUCUUUAACUGGAACCAGCUGUGAAAAUGCCAUUGAACCUAAUGGUACAUGCCGGAAUGAGAAUCUGGCGAAGGAAGAUAAUCAGACUCAGGAGCUUCUGGUUGGGAAUCUUGUAUGGGGGAUGACCAAAUCCAAGAAAUGGUGGCCAGGGGAAGUUGCUGGUUUCAAAGCUGAUGCAAAGGAGAGUUUCAUGGUUAAAUAUCUUGGCGAGAGCCAGCUUGUUUCUUGGUGCGCACCUUCUAAGUUGAAGCCUUUCAAGGAGAGCUUUGAGAGUUUGGUGAAUCAAAGAAACGAUGCAAGCUUUUUCGUCGCGGUGGAGAGCGCUAUGACCUUGCUGGGAAACUCGUUGAAGCUUGAGAUGGCUUGUUCUUGCGUUGCUGAAAAGAAUGGGAUAACACCACCACAAAACGGAAGAACUCGCAAGACAAAGCCUUUGAUACUUCGCGAGUUCUCUGUAGAUCGGUUGGAACCGAAAGAGUUUGUCACUCAGCUGAAGAAUCUCGGGAGAUGUGUUUUCGAUGGUGGGAUACUUGAGACGACGGUGAUGAAGUGUCGCUUAUCGGCUUUUUAUACUUUCUUUGGGCAUAAGCAGUUACCAAUGGAUCAGCUGCAAGAAAGCGAGGUUAAGAAAAGUAGUUUCAAUGCAGCUAAGAUGAAAGACAGCGAGUUCGUUGGUUCUCCAUCUAUUGUUGCAGCUACUAGCAGGAGGAGGUUUCGGAAAGAAUGGUUUAGGAAAUAUGUCAGUGAGGUUGACAAUGUCUCUGCGAGAGACGAUCUAGUAAACACGUCCCCUUCUGAUUUGGUAUCUAAACUCAAGCUUCUUGCUGUGUGUUCAGAACAGACUGAGAAUAUCGGUCUCUCUGAGUGGUUCUUCUCCAAAUUCAGAAUCUCCGUGUUUCAUGAUGAGAAUGCUUACAAGUUGCAGUUGGCUAACAUGGCUGGUUUCAAGGAUUUGAAUCCGGGUACUAAGCAGAAAACCUCCAAGCCAAGUAGAUUAGUGAAUUCAAAGAUCCAGCCUUUUAGUGUUGUUUCAGUUGCUGAUACUCAGCAGAAGACCAUUGUGUCUAAGAAUUCAAGUAUGGAGACUCUUAACGGUAUUUCAACUCCUGAUAAUGAGCAGAGAGCCUCCAAGCCGAUGAAAAAGAUCAAACAUAUCAUUGGUCACUCAGAUUCUUCUAAUCCUGUUGCCGUUGAGCGGUUCGCAAAAGAUUUCCAAGAAAAACUGUCGGUACAAUCUCCACAAGGGAAAGCUUCUGUAGCAGAUAGUACACUCAUCAGACCUGCUGCUACACUUGUACCAGACCUAAACAGACGAUGCAGUGCAGAACUAGACCACUCACAAAGACCAAAGACUUUCAUUCCUCCCAAUGCAAUCCCACAAGAGGACCAGACGCCAAGAACUAUGAUGAUAAACUUUCAAGUGGCAGCUCCGUGUUCAACAAACCACGGAAUCUUGGGGACCGGGUUUGCUUCUAACCAGUCAGCUUAUGAAAGAAACUUCACGAGCGCAGACCUUUUCACCGGGAAGAAGAAGAGAGGGAGGAAGAGGAAGAUUCCAGAGGAGCUUCCAAGAGUUGAACAUGCCAUUAAUGGUAUACCUGACUUGAAUGGAACAACCACAGAGCCAGCUUCGGAUGUUCCUCAAGCUGAGCCUACUCAGCGUAGAAGGCGUCGGAAGAAAGAGGACUCACCUAAUGGAUUAACCAGAGGAAUCACAGUUCUCUACUUGAAGUUUUCCUCCAGAGUGUCAAUGCCUUCAAGGGACGACUUAACCUCGAGGUUCUCUGCGUUUGGACCUUUGGAUUCCUCUGAAACACACGUCUCUGAAGAGUUUAGCGGUGCGCAGGUCGCCUUUGUGAGUAGUGGCGACGCGGUUGAAGCGGUUAAAAGCUUGGAGAAAGCCAACCCUUUUGGUGAGGCCUUAGUGAGUUUCAGGUUACAGCAGAAACUGAUAAGCGUUCAGAGGAACAUAGCACCGAGAAUGCCUGUGAUCUCUCAGGUUACUCCAGUACUGAGGCUGAACAGUACACCGACGAGUGUGGAUUCGAUGAGGCAGAACCUGAUGAUGAUGACUGCAAUGCUGGAGAAAUCAGGGGAUCGUUUAUCGAGAGAGACGAAGGCAAAACUGAAAAGCGAGAUCACGGGUCUUCUGGAGAAGGUCAGUUCUAUGCCUAGCUCUUCUUCUUCCUCGACAAACCCAUGA